AUGCUUCAGAUAAUCCCAAAUCGCUUCGUGGAAGCACCAGGAGAGCGCCCAGCCAGUAACGGGGCCAGCAUUAACGAAUCCGGGGCAGCAGCAGGGCGCGUGGUGGGGGGCGUGGAGCGAGGGCGGGUAGUAGACUGGGGGGUGAUGGAGGAUGCAUGGCGAUACAUGCUGUACGAACAGAUGGGGUGGGAGGAGGGCGGUGAAGGGGCCGUGCUGCUGUGCGAGCCCAUUCUUACCCCAAGAGCGGACAGGGAGCAAGCAGCGCAGGUCCUCUUUGAGUCCUUCAGCUGUUCGGGUUUCUUCGCAGCGGAGCAGCCAGUGCUGGCACUCUAUGCGCUCGGCCGCCUCUCCGGCUGCUGUGUGGACCUAGGCCAUGGCAAAACAGAUUUCUCUGUCGUGCAGGAAGGGGCGUUGAUCCCGUCCUCUGCUCGCCGUUGGCCAGUUGGCGGCUGCGAUCUUUCGGAGCGAAUCCAACGGCUAGUAUUUGACGAGAGGCAGAGUGGGGGGGGAGCUGGCCAAGGAGGGGAAGUGGAGAGGGAUACACUGACACGUGGCAGUCUCUCAUUGGAUGCUGCAACGUUGGAAAGGCUGAAGGAGGAAGCUUGUGAGGUGGCUUUGGACGAGAAAAGUUUUGCAGCUGCCCGGGCUGCGGACGAGAGGAAGGAAUUUGUGCUGCCCGAUGGGCAGCGCAUCUCUCUCGGCAGUGAACGACUUGAGGUUGCAGAGGCCCUCUUCAGACCCUCCCUCCUCGCCCACAACUCACUUCUCUCACCGCCCUCCCUCGAGGCCUCCCCAUUGGCCGGUCCCGACUCGGCUGGCAUCGUUCGGCAGCUUCUGAGUGUGGUGUUCGAUGCAGCAGGGCUAGGAGGGGGAGGCGGAGGAGGAGGGGUAGGGGGAGGGAUGGGGGGUGUGGGCGGGGGAGGAGGGCUCGGGGGAGGAGGGAUGGGGGUGGAAGGGGGAAAGCAGCGGGCAGCCUUGGAGUCCAUUGCGGUGGUGGGGGGAGGGUCGUGCCUCAAGGGGUUGGUGGAUCGGUUUCAGAGUGACGUGCAGACGGCAGUGUCUCCCUCCCUGCAACCCACCGUCGUGCGGGUGAGUGGGGUGAGAGGGGUUAGUGGGAUGAGCAGCUGGGCGGUUGGGCGGUUGUGCAGUGGGGCACCUGACUACAUGCCGGACAACACCGCCCGCUACGCCUCGUGGUACGGAGGGGCCAUAGUGGCGCGCAUUGUGUUCUCUCAGAAUCAGCACGUCACUCGCGCUGAGUACAACGAGAGGGGCCCUGCUGCUGUGCACCGCAAGAGCAUGUAG